AUGCCCCCAUUACCUCCUCCCCCCACCAUCCUCCAUCUCCUCCCCCACCAUCGCCCAUCUCCCUCAACACGGUGUUCCAUUUCCACCCCACACCAUCAUUCAAUGCCCCAUUACCUCCUCCCCACCAUCCCCAAUCUCCUCCCACAUCGCCCAUCUCCUCAACACGGUGUUCCAUUUCCACCCCACACCAUCAUUCACUGCCCCCCAUUAUCUCCUCCCCACCAUCCUCCAUCUCCUCCCCACCAUCGCCCAUCUCCCCUCAACACGGUGUUCCAUGUCCACCCCAUACCAUCAUUUAAUGCACCCAUUACCUCCUCCCCACCAUCCUCCAUCUCCUCCCCCACCAUCGCCCAUCUCCCCUCAACACGGUGUUCCAUUUCCACCCCACACCAUCAUUCAAUGCCCCCAUUAUCUCCUCCCCACCAUCCUCCAUCUCCUCCCCCACCAUCGCCCAUCUCCCUCAACACGGUGUUCCAUGUCCACCUCCCACACCAUCAUUUAAUGCACCCAUUACCUCCCUCCUCCCCACCAUCCUCCCAGCUCCUCCCCACCAUCGCCCAUCUCCCUCAACACGGUGUUCCAUGUCCACCCCACACCAUCAUUUAA